UCCUCUGUAGCGCACAUGUACUUCUAUUUCGAUAUAAAGAGUGAUCAAUUGAACAGCAGAAGGAUGUCUAUUUCGGGUUUCUUGAUGCGGUUUCGGCCAACGCUCUUGAUCCCUGCCUUGAAACCCCGUCUCCCGAUCCUCUCCCUCUCCCCCUCCGAUGCCAGCCUUCGUCGCCCCGAACGCGUCCUCUCCAGCCUCCCGCCGUCUCCCUCCCUCUCCCACCUCCUGCAAACCCACGCCCGACUUGUCGUCCUCGGCCUCGCUGCCCACCGCGCCUCCCUCGCCCGCCUCCUCGCCGUCUGCGCCGCCCUCUCACCCUCCGCUCCUUCGCGCUACUUCCGCACCCUCUUUGCCGCCAUCGACCGCCCCAACGUCUUCGCCAGCAACAACCUCCUUCGUUGCCUCGCCCGCUCCGAAGACGAUGCGGCCGCCCCUGCCCAUGACGCCUUCCGUUUCUACUCUCGCUUGCGCCGUACCGGCAUCCCGACGAACAAUUACACUUUCCCUUUCCUCCUGCAGGCGUGCAGCCGACGCCCGAUCAUCGGCGAAGGCGCCCAGUUGCACAGUCAGGCAGUCAAGUGUGGGCUUGACCAUGAUUUGUAUGUGAGGAACGCGUUCAUAAGCUUUUACGGAUCUUGUAGCGCGUUGGAUUAUGCAAGACGAGUUUUUGAUGAACUCCCAGCCCAACGUGAUCUUGUUUCUUGGAAUGCUAUAUUGGCAGGGUAUGCUCGGGCUGGACGGGUGGAUGUUUCACAGAAGUUGUUCGAGGAAAUGCCUGAGAGAGACGUAAUUUCUUGGAGCACUAUGAUUAUGGGGUAUGUUCAAAAUGGGGCCUUGGAGAAGGGUUUGGAGUUGUUUAGGGAGUUGAUCGCAAAGGGGUUGAAGGUGAAUGAGGCCAUUUUGGUGACAGUUCUCUCGGCAUCCGCACAACUGGGACUGCUAGAGAUUGGCAAGUUCAUUCAUUCGACUAUUAGGUCAAUGAAUUUCCCACUGACUGUUGCACUUGGCACUGCCUUGGUGGACAUGUAUGCAAAAUGUGGUUGCUUAGAGCUGUCAAGAAAGAUCUUUAAUGAGAUGAAGGGGAAGGAUGUGUUUUCAUGGAACACGAUGAUUUGUGGAUUAGCAACACAUGGUCUGGGAAAUGAGGCAGUCAAACUGUUCCACCAAUUUAUAGAUAGGGGAUUUGUCCCUACAAGGGUGACGUUUGUUGGGGUUCUAAAUGCAUGCAGCCGUGCUGGUUUAGUUGAUGAAGGUCGCCGUUACUUCAAGUUAAUGGUAGAAGAAUAUGGUAUUGAGCCAGAGAUGGAACACUAUGGUUGCCUUGUUGAUCUUUUGGGCCGUGCUGGUCUUGUGUCUGAAGCUGUUGAGUUGAUUGAAGGAAUGACCAUCCCUCCUGAUCCUGUGUUAUGGGGCAUUUUGUUGGGGGCUUGCAAGGUACAUGGGAUGGUAGAAUUAGGCAUCCGCAUAGGGAACAAAUUGAUUGAUCUAGAACCAGGACAUGAUGGUUACUAUGUUCUUUUGGCUGGUAUGUAUGCCAAGGCAAGGAAAUGGGAAGAUGUUAUCAACGUUCGACGAUUGAUGUCUAACCGAGGAACAAACAAAAUUGCUGGUUGGAGUUUGAUCGAGGCUCAUGGGAAAUUGCAUAAGUUUGUGGCAGGAGAUAAACAGCAUAAAGAUUAUCCAGAAAUCCACAAGACACUUGAAAUGAUUGUAACAAGAUUGAGAGAUGCUGGUUAUCGACCUGAUGUAUCGGCUAUAUUGCAUGAUAUUGAUGAGGAGGAGAAGAUCCAUGUGAUCAAGGAGCAUAGUGAAAGAUUGGCAAUUGCUUUUGGUUUAAUGGUGGUUGAGGUGGGUUAUCCUAUUCGAAUUGUGAAAAACUUGAGAGUUUGUGGGGAUUGUCAUGAGUUUAGCAAGUUGGUCACUGAGGUGUUCAAUAGAGAGAUUAUUGUGAGAGAUGGGAGUAGAUUUCAUCAUUUGAAGGAAGGAAAAUGCUCGUGCCUUGACUAUUGGUGAUUAUAAAAUAGCCAUUAUUCCAUAAGCACUUUCAUCAUCGGUUGUAUUGCUUCAGAUGAUGUUCAAAUUGUCAUUACACUCCUAUUCUUAGAAGCUUUGGCUUAUCCAAGAUUGCAUCAGUCCACAUAAUUGAUGUGCAACUGGAAAAGUGAGGUGCUGGGUCUGCAGCAGUCUCUCGAGUUGGGAUCACAUCGCAGUUUUGUGUUUCUUUGAGUUUGUCUUAGUCUAGCUCUGCAGCAGUCUCAGCUCGGCUAUGCAGUCGGCUGCAUCCACAAAUGCACCACCAUUGGUGGCUGUCAAUGAUCGAUGGAACAUGAGUGGUCAUUGCUUCUCAACUGUGCUCUGUUUUGCGGCAGCGGUUGUCAGCUUGACGAUCUUGCCUCUGUGUGGGCGCCGCCGCCCGUUGUCUUAGAUUCCUAUAUAAGGAUUCAGAUAAGUCAGUUCAUUCGAAGGCACAUGUAUGAUGUUGCAUGUCCAUAGUCGUAUCCUUCGUUUUUGCCGAUGCUCCAGUAAUUUCUUGCCGUGUGGUUGACAGUUGGAAACGAUGCUAUUUUACCAAUGAAACUGGAAAAGGAAAAACUCUGUUGGUUUUUUUUUUUGGUGGAAGUAAGGAAAGAUUCAUCAACCCGGAAGCUAGGGAGAAAAAGCUUUCUGUUGAUUUUUUUUUAUAUAGCAAAAAAGUGAGAUAAUAUAUGUAUUUGGAUCUUAUAUGUUUCUUUUUUCAACCUCAUUUUUGUU